UCCUCAAAAGACUAAUUCAAUUUUUUCUGGUUUAGUUCGUAGAAUUUUCAUCAAGAGUCAGCGUUUGAAUUUAGGUUUGAUGUGCUUAUUGAAGGUGGCGAACCCAGGAGAGUAUGGAAGGUAUUCGACGAUGGUCGAUGAGAGAGACAACGAUGAAGGUUCCUCUCAACUACCACCGCCGCCACCACCACCACCACCACCACCACCAUCAUCGUUGCUACAACAGGGGAUUGUAACAGUAUCGGCGGCAUCGAUGUUUUCGGGUUAUAACCAAGAAAGAGAGAUGUCAGCGAUGGUUUCGGCUCUAACUCAUGUUGUUUCAGGUGAUAGAAGUACAGAAUGGAUGUAUGGUUCGGAUUUUAAUUCUUAUGUUCCAUCAAAUAUAAGUUCUGCUUCUGCUUCUGCUGCUUCACCUUCGUCUUCAUAUAUUACCACUUCUUCCUCACCUUCAUGGAGUGGUGGUGGUGGACAAAAGAGAGGACGUGAAGAGGAGACCAGUGGUCAGAUUCCUGAAUCACUUAUGAGGCUCUACAGAGGUUUUGGUGAUUUCAGCACUUCACAAGGAGAAUCAUCUUCUGGAGUUGCAGUAAAAGAAGAAGGUCAGAGCUCUAUGACGACACCUACUGCAGUGGCAACUCCAUCCAUUACCACUACCAGAGAAGAACAGACAGCUUCUCAUGGAGAAGGAGAGGGAGAGAGGAGGAGAAGAUAUAGAGGAGUAAGACAAAGGCCAUGGGGAAAAUGGGCAGCAGAAAUAAGGGAUCCACACAAAGCUGCAAGAGUUUGGUUAGGGACAUUCGAUACAGCAGAAGCAGCUGCAAGAGCUUAUGAUGAAGCUGCUCUUAGAUUCAGAGGAAACAGAGCAAAACUCAACUUCCCAGAAAACGUUAGAUUGACCCCUCCAACACAAGUUUCUCCAGCUACCCAAUUGACCAUUUCGAAUUCUCCAGCUACCCUUUUGCCAGCUUCUCAAACGCAUCAGCAAAUUAUGCAGUCUCAAGCGUUUCAGCUUCAAUUACAGACUUCAGACUUAACGAGAGAUUAUAAUGAAUAUUCACCGUUCCUUCAGAGCUCUCUAGAUUUUCAGAGACAACCCACGAGUCUGUUAGAGCAGAUGCUCUAUCCUUCAUCAUACGCUGCUGCUGCUUCGCAAUCUUCUUCUUCUUCUGUCGUACCAUCGUCUGCAUCUUUUCCUCUGCUUUUCGAUAGUCACCAACAGAUGGGUUAUUUCAGGUAUCCACAACAGAGUCGUGAUCAUGGUGGUGGUGGUGGUGGUGAUGAUGGUGCCUCAGGUUUUCCGACACUACCCUGGACGGAUUCCGAUCAUUAUCCCUCGUCAUCUUCCAGUUGAUUUGUAAUUUUUUUGGGGGUUUCUGUUUGCAAUU